AUGAGUUCUUUACCAAGUAUUCAAGAGUUCAAUCAGUUAGAAAUAGAUGAUAAGUUUAAAAUUGUUGAUCAAUUAUUUGAAUCAUGUGAUACAUUAAAAGAUUAUAUUAAAGAUACUUUAACUAAAAACUUUCAAUCUUAUAAACAACUCAUAGAAAUAGUUAGAAUAUUAUUAUUAUCAUUGGUAAAUUCAAAGGAUGAAACAAGAGUUAAUAAAAUUAUAGCUGCCCAUCCAAGAUUAGGAGAACCAAAAGUUAAUUUAUCCGAACAUUCUAGUAAUGAACAGAGAUCAAUAGAUGAUCCAGAAACAGUCGCAAAAUUGAGAGAAUUAAAUGAUAAAUAUGAAGCAACAUUUCCAGGGUUAAGAUAUGUUGUAUUUGUUAAUGGUAGAAAUAGAAAUGAGAUUAUAAAUAAUAUGGAAUAUCGUAUCAAACGUAAUAAUAUAGAACAAGAGAAAAUAGAUGCAAUAGAAUCAAUUUGUGAUAUAGCUAUUGAUAGAUUAAAAUAG